AUGACGGGUUCCGGGCGGUGGACGCGAAAGCCUACGGCUGCCUCCACAACCCUCACGUGCUUCGACCCCGAAGAGAUCCUCGAUUCGAUGCCCAAGCUUCAAAGUAAAUCCCCAACACCCCAAACGGAGUCCCAGUAUAUCCCCCAGAUCAAGACCGGCGGCGAAGGCGAGAAAAAGAAAUCCGAAAUCUUCGACAACGCUAACCCGCCUGCUCCUUCCAACCCGAUGCACCAAAACCGCAGAAUCCCUUAUACAAAUGCGUAUCAACGAAUAUCAACCAACGCAGAAACCCGCCACAAUGCAGGGUUGCAAUAUGGACAACAUAAGUGUGAGCGCCCAGUUCGUGAGUGGGGCGUGAAGUAG